UAAAGAACAUAAUCUCAUGUCCUCGGUUUUGUAGAUGAGAGACUUCAUGUUUCUUCACAGCUAAGCUUUAUGGUUGAGUUGACUUGGAAGGAUAUAGUUUGUUAGUUUAACAACCCAUGGGUGGAAUUAAAAAAUGUGUGCCAGGCACAGUGGUACCUGCUUUUAAUCUCAACUCUCAGGAGGCAACGGUAGGACUAUCUCUGAGGGUCAGCCUGCUCUACAGUUUUAGGAGAGAGAGAGAGAGAGAGAGAGAGAGAGAGAGAGAGAGAGAGACCGUGUCUAAAAAUAAAUAAAUCUGCAAGUGUCUUGAAGAUAUCUGAUCAAAAUAAUAUUCUAGAAGGAACCCUACUGUGAUCAAGAAUACUUAAUGCCUUAAAAAUGUGUACCCUCGAUAAAAACAACAAUUAAACAGUAACAAUGUAAAAUGAGGAAAAGGGCAUCAGAAAAAGCUAAAAUUACACAUCAGGCAAUAGGGAAAAGAUGAUCUCAAUAAUAGACAUUGAAGCUAAGCAGAAAGUCCUGAAUAGGACAGAAACUCCCUUUUUAAUAAACAGUGAAGGAAAGAGGGUAGAAAAUGGAGCUGUAGCAAAGAGACGCAAACUGAUAAAUUUUAAGUAUACUGCUUGAAGAGUUGAAGGAUGGCCUACUUUAGUAAGAAUUUGAAUUAUCAAUAACUGUUGAAUUUGGGAUAGAUGUGAACAGAUCACGGAACAGAAACUGUCUUCUAAAAGUUGAACAUGGCGUUGUUUUUUGAAGCUAUAACAAGCUAUCAAUAUCAAUGUAAACAGUGUAUCUCCUCAAUCAGAAUCGGCCUCUGUGGAAAGAAAAGGACUCUAUUUUCAUUAUAGGGCGCACAACUCCUAUAUUGAAUUCCCUGCCAUUCACUGUUGAUAAUGCUCCCCAUUGUACCUUUGCCCCUUCAAUCCACCCUCACUCUCCCUUGCCCCCCCCAGCAACCCUUCCCUCCUGACAACCCAUUUCUGGUUCUCAUGUUAUACGCACUAUGUUCUGCAUGAGGGUUGCAGUGUUUGAUUUUUUUUCUCAUUACCUCUCCCUUUCAAACAAAAUCCUUCUUCCUUCCACUCAGUCCACACACACACACACACUCACACACAUACACUCACACACAUACUCUCUCUCUCUCUCUCUCUCUCUCUCUCACACACACACACACACACACACACACACACACACACACACCCCUACCUAUAUUUGUAUCUUUUCUACAUGUGGAGAGAGAUAGAUUUUAAAAUCUAUAUCAAUGUAUGAGAGUAAUGUGGGACAUUUGUCUUUCUGAGUCUGAUUUAUUUCCCUUUAAUUUCUUUCAGAUAAUUUUCACUGAUUGGACUAGUGCAUCUGACUCUCCUGGCUGGUUCAUUCUCUCUCUCUCUCUCUCUCUCUCUCUCUCUCUCUCUCUCUCUCUCUCUCUCUGGUUAGGUUGGGUCGAAAGGUCCCUGAUAGGAACACCUCCUUUACGACUGUAUCUCCAAUCCCCCAAAGUGCCUCAGCUUCUGAGUUGCACUAUAUUUAAAAACGUUUUUAAUUAAAAGCAGACCAACGUCUAUUAAGCAUCUCCAUUUAUCAAGAACUUGACACUUAGUUUUAUUUUCUACGUCAGAUAAAUUACAUUUUAACCCCAUUUCAGAGGGGGAGGAAACCUAAGCUAAGAAGUAAAGAGUAAAUGUCUUGUAUGACAUAAAUAGUGACAGCCGUUGUAGAAAUUCAGCCUUACAUCUGUGUGACUCCAAAGUCCGUGACCUUUAAAUUACGACACACUGCUUCAUUGAACCUAGCCCCUGUGCUUUUUUCCCUCAUUCAGAAUGAUAAGAUUUUUCAGAUAGUGACUAGACAGAAUUUCAAAAGCCAUCUCCCUACUUAUGGCAAAAUAUUGUGAUUAUUAGAAUCAUAGGGACUUUAUAGAGAUUGGGAAUUCUGCGCAUAUCAGACACCAGCCAGAGUAGACCAAAAUUUAGUUGGCAAGCAUCUAGUUGAAAACAAAAUUUGAGGUGCUACGCUUUUGUUGUGUGGCCCUACUUUAGGACCACAGUUGAUCAGAGAGGUCAUCUGUAGACUGCCUGGAAGAUCAUCAUUUGAACAACACUGACAGAACGAAGGCAUUCAGAAGUGUGUACAUGUGCGCAUGUGUGCAAUUCCCAUUCUCUUUUAGGAAUUUAACCCAAGGAACCCAGGGGGAAACCAUGGAAGCAGACUGGAAAGAGACACAGAGAGUUCCAGUAAUUUUUGCCAGUUGUGAAACUUAUGUGCAAAGACUUGCUGAUAUCAAGGGCUACCAUUGCCUAUCAGAUGAAGGUCAAAUGCUCAGAGUGGAACACAGGGUUUGGAAUUACUUCCACUGCAGAAUCCCUUUCAUUUUGGUUUCAAUAUACCCCUAGGAUAGAUUAGAGCCCUUUCAUCUUCCUAUCACUAUAGUUCAAAUAUAAAAAGAACUCAGUGACUCAGGACCAGGCACAGUAGUGUACUACUUUAGUCCUAGCGCCCAGGAGGCAGAGGCAGGUGGAUCUCUGUGAGUCUGGGCACAACCUAGUGUACAUACUGUGUUCUAGGCUGGUCAGGGCUACAUAGUGACCCUGUCCAAACAAACAAGCACAGAACAGUGGUUCCCCAUUGAGACAAAACUAAAGGUAGGUAAAACGCUAGCAAUUCCACUUAUCUUUUAAUUAUCAUUUCAGUGGGUGUACAAAAAUAAUGUAAUUCCUCACGCUAGCAUACAUAAUCAUACGUAGUCGUUGUACUUUUGCUGGAGACUGGAGUAUGUGAGUGCAUCCUAAGAAGUCAGCCUCUGUGUUUCCAGGGGGCUCAGAGUGAGUUUACGGACGGUUAAAAGUCGGUUCAGUUAGCAGCAGCUCACCUCCAGCUUCAGUUUGUUCUUGCUGGAGAACUGAUGGGUUGAGUGGUUUGCUGUACGCCUUUUCUCACGCAAGUCUUCCCUAUUGAUGGUUGGACUCUAUUUCGAAAACCCAGGUGAUACCAUGAUCUUUCUGCAUGUGAGUAUCUUUGGCUGAGUAUUUAUUAGUACUACAUGAUACCACCACUGGGUCUACUUCAUUUUAAGCAUUUAUUUUCCCCAUCUAAAACCUGGGCUUGAGUGACUCUAUAUCUUCUUAUUUUAAUUACUUGCCUAGCCUGUAUUUCAUAACUAAAUUGACAUUGUUUUGAGGAGACAGCAUCUCACUAUGUAGCUUGCUUUAGCUGUCCAGACACUCACUAUAUGAAUUUAGCCUUGAACUCACAGAAAUCCACCUGUCUCUGCCUCCCAAGAGCUGGGACUAAAGUCAUGCAACAUCGUGGCUGGCCAAUUUCAUUCUUAUGUUGAGUUUCCAUUGAGUCUUAACUCAAUGGCAAAUGAUCUAAAAUAAACUCCCAACUUAUUAAUUUACAAAUACUCAUUGAUCAGAUUGUUAUGAAAUAUAAAUGCAGCAGUGGGAGUAAAGGGGUACCUGGCAGGCCCGUGCCAAGGUAUCCCCCUGAAAAAAAUCACACCACGUGACAGACCUGAUGAAGUUUAUUGUGGAGGAAGGGGAGGGAGUGGGAACCUGGGAAAGGAGUAGAGGCAGAGAAAGGGACAGAGAAGGAGAGAGAGUGAGGCUGGCCUGGGACCCAUGGGAACAGAGAAAGAGAGUGAAAGAAGGGGGCUAGGACAGGGAGCGGCCCUCUUCAUAAGCUGCUGUACCUGGGUCACACCUGGAGGGAAUGAUGUAAGCUGUUGCUAGGCAGCUGUUGGGAGGUACCUAGUUGUCUGUAUGUGAAUAUACAUUGAAAAGUAUAGUUACUAAAAAUAGCGGCUGGAGAGACGGCUCAGCAGUUAAGAGCAUUGACUGCUCUUCCAGAGGACCUAGAUUUGACUCCCAGCACCCAAGUGUCAGCUCCUUAUCACCUGUAACUUCAGUCCUGAGGGCUCUGGUGCCUUCUUCUGGCUUCCAAGGGCACAGACAGACAUACAGGCAAAAUACCACACACAUUUUUUUUUUAAAUUAAAAAGGUAACAUUUAUUGGUUCCAAGUGCCAUAUACUGUCCUAUGGACUUUGUGAUCAAUAUUUUCCUCAAUGUCAUCUCCAAACUAUAGAUUAGACAGUAUUAAUACCAUUUUACAUACAUUAGAAUCAAGAUGUGGGAGAAUUUAACUUUCCAAGUUACAAGAUAUGAUGAAGCUGGGUGGUAACACAAUGGGAUUUUACUUAGAGUAGUCAUAAUUUUUUAAAACAUUGCACCACCGCCUGGCUUAGUUACUAUUCUGUUGCUGAGAUAAAACACCAUGACUGACAAUGUAUAGACAAAAAAAAAAAAAAGGACAAAAAAUGUAUACACAAAAAAAGUGUAAUUUGGCUUACACUUUCAGUCCAUGUUAUCGGAGCAGAGGUAGCAGGUAGCCCCAGCUGAGAGCUCACAUCUCGGAAACCAGGAACCCUAAACAGGAAAACCAAAGACAGCACACUAGAAAGGGUUCAUGGCUUUUGCAACCUCAAACCUCAAAACCCACCCCCAGUGACAUACUUCUCUCAGCAAGACCACAUCUCCUCGGCCUACCCAAAUAAUGUCACCAACUGGGAAUUAAGCAUUUAGGUAUCCAAGAAUAUGGGAAAAUAUCUCAAUUCGAAACACCACGCUGCCUUUAAGUGCAUAGGACUUCCUGCGUAGGAAUAGAAAGACAGCACAGAUCAUGGAAAACAAUGCAAUUUUAGAAGGAAACAAAUAUCUGCAUAUCACCUGAGCACAGGAAAAGAUGAUAAACAUUGUUAGUCAUCUGGGAAACAUGAAUAAAAGCCACAAUGAUCUACUCAUGCCCACCGAGAAAAGGUAAAAUAGCAACCAGUGCUGUGCAUGUGUGAACAAUGGGCUCACAGGCUAUGAUCUGUCACACAGGCUGACGGUGGAAAUGAAAAAUGGAUUAGUCACUUUGGAAACCCACCAGGACAGUCUGAAAAGGCUUAAGACAGGAGUUACAUGACCUAGCAGUCCCAGUCUCAGGAAUAUACCAAAGAGAACAUACAAAAGGAAAGACAUCCCAAGCAUGCACACAUGAACGUUUAUAAUAGCAAUAUUCAUGGCAAUGGAAAACUGGAAUCAACCCCCAAUCCAGAAAUGGAUAGAGGAUUGAUCAAAUGUGAUCCACCCAUACAGUGAGUGGAAUACUGUUGAGCAAAGAGAAGUUAAUACUUGUUACUCUCGAAGACAUUAUGCUAAUCUAUCUGUGAAAGAAGUCAGUCAUACAUGAGCACAAAGGGUAUGUAUGAUCCUUCGUGACUCCCAGCUGGAGGCUACCUGCAGUUCUUGUCACCAUGUUAUCUGCCCUGCUACAAAGAGUGCUAACAGAUAGACGGGCUUACUCUCAUCCUGGACUAUUCUGAGGGUCAGGCUGCAGUCGACCCAGUUAAGACGGGAUAAUAGUAAUUCAGGGGUUUGUGGAUGGGAGAGAGAGAGACAGAUGCCUUAAUAAAGAACUUUCCAUUACUGAAUGUGAGUCUGUGUGUUAACGGAUGAGGCUUCAGUAGGACACGAUCUGUACUUACUGACGAGGAGGAGACUAAGGGAGAAGUCUCCUUUGCUCACUCCUUUCUGGAUGGUCAUUCUCGUACCACAGGAUGUGUGGAACAUUCGUCACUCUUAUUUUCCCACUUAUAGUCCUGGCUAUAAUGUAAUAGAAAAUCUCACUAAUCCAGGAACCUGUAAUGAAAGUACGAGAGUUGAAGCCCCACAACCCGGAAAUAACCAGUGCUAGUAUCGUGAUGACAUAUUUUCCUUCUUCCAUGAGCACACAGUUUCCCCUCACAAGGCUGACAUCAUACACCAUGUGCAUUUAAACCUUUGUACUUUGUUUAUUUUCCACCCAAAUUAUACAGCAAAUAUUUCUCACGUACUACUUUAUUAGACUUCAAAAUUUUGACUUAAAAAAUGAGUUUAGAACAAGUGGCCAGCAGGGGUUUACAGUUUUCUUUUUAGUUCUCAUCACGACCCCUGGAAAGACUUUAAAGCUAACAACUACAGCUGUAGAAAUACUGUCUUCUCACAGUUCCUUACUGAACAUCUGUGGCAACAGAUUGGUAAUAGCCGUGCCUCCCAGCCCUCUCCCUGAGGACUGCAACACAACUAUCCCUUUGAAGACCUGCUGGUCCCGCCUCACUUGCUUCUUACCUGGCUGAUCAGAGAAACCAGCUGGCAUACAGAAUGGCUUUCUUUUUGGUGUGGGUUAGCCUACUUCUACUUCUUCAUGGUGCAGUGUCAACAGAAGAGGUUCGGGUCCACCCGUUCACUGACGUGAUUCUUGACUGCGAGUUCUCCUUCAUAGACGGCACAGAGAACCUUGAGUUUUACUGGGAAAGAGAAGAUAUCAUAGAAGAGUAUGACGUGGAAGACCGGGAAUUCUAUCGAUUUUUCAGGUACUACGACUUCUUUCAAGUUUUCACCAAGGUGGUCUACCAGUUUUACAACAAUGAAGAGCAACUGGAAGACCAAAACGCCUUAUACGAAGGAAGAGUCUCUGUGGACCACAGUGAAAUCUCAGAGGGUGUCCUGUCCCUUCUACUGCAAAACGUGGAUUUCUUGGACGAAGCCUUGUACAAGUGCAGCGCUGUCACCCCCAAUGGGAGAGGAGAGAGUACCGUCAAGCUAAUAGUGGAAGAUUCUGAAAUGCCCCAGGUGAGGUUUGACAAGAUGGAUGAUGAAGACGUGGUUACAUGCACAUCCAAAGGCUGGUAUCUUACACCCAAUGUGACCUGGUUGGACCGGGGAGAGAGGGACCUGAGUAACCACAGUACGGUAGAGAUCCUGGAGGAGCAGAUGAACGGCUUGUACAGAGUAUACUCUGUCCUCAGAUAUCCAGUCAAGUUAAAUGAAAAAUACGUCUGCCACAUCACAGAGACGAACGAAAACAACCGGCCAAUCAGAUCCAUCCGGCGGUACCCGAGUAAGUGCUGGUCUGAGGGGAAGGAGGGAAAGGGCGGCGUCUCACCACGUGGAAGCCACUCCCCACCCCCAUUAAUAUUUACUGAACACUAAGUGCAGCAGGCACUUCUGAGCACUUUGGAGAUUUAAAGAACCCCCCCCCCCAACAUGAGUUUGUAGCCUGGGGUCAGACGGUAGCGAGAUGGAGUCCCGAUGGGUUAGAAAAGGGACUUGCUCCGGGGAAUAACAGCUGUUGGCCAGACAGAGGUGGCCGUUACUCCUGAUGAGGCUUCUGUUCCUCUGCUAAACACAAGAGCUUUCUGAGUAGUCAUAGCCGCCAUUUAUUGGCCACUAACCGCGUGGCUGGAACCUUACAUAUGUGUGUGUACAUGUGUCUGUGUGUGCACGUGUGUUCUGUGCAUGCAUAUGCAUAUAUGUAUGUGUGUAAGCAUGGCCAAAGAGACCGGUGCUGCUAUUCUUCCUCAGUUGCUCUCCACUUUAUUUAUUUUUUUUUCAAGACAGGGCUUCUCUGUGUAGCCUUGGCUGUCCUGGAACUCACUUUGUAGACCAGGCUGGCCUGGAACUCGAAGAUCCUCCUACCUCUGACUCCCGAGUGCUGGGAUUAAAGGUUUGUACACCGUGGCCCUCUCUCUAUUUUUGAGAUAGGAUUUCUCACUGAAUCUGAAGCUCAUCUGUUCGGAUACCGUCACUGGGCAGCAAGCUCCAGGAAUCUGCCUGACGCCCCAGGGCUGGGAUUACAGAUGGCCGCUGCUGCACCCAAGUUUCGUUUGGAUGCUAGAAACCCAUACUCAGAGCUUCAUGCUCCCUCAGCCAUCUCCCCAGCCCACAUAGGUUAAUUCUGUAACUUAACCCAGCAAGAUAAUUCCCUUUACUGUCCCUUUCUAUUCGAAGAAAUUAGGACUUUAAAUAUUUUGACCAAACUCUUGACUAAAGAACACAAAAUUUGAAUCUCAGGUAACCAAGAUGUCGAAUAUUAUAUAUCUGAGAUUUGCUAGUAUUAGUUAUUAAAUCUAACUGGACGUCCUAUAUUUUAUCUGAUAAAUUAUAGUAGGGGAAACACUUAGAAGACAAGGAAAAGCUGAAGCUCGGGAAUGAUAGGGUUGGAGAAUUCACAUCUCUGCAAGAAGAAAAAGGACACCUGGUGAGACUCUGCCCAGCAAAGUUGGCAGGGUAAUAAUUCCUCAGGCCAGCAGCAGGGCCAUGACAGGGAACUCCAGGACAGGUCAGUUCUUGGGUCCCAUUGUGACCUGUGGUAAGUCUUGGGGGAGCCUAGUACUGAGUUUUGAUAUGGCCUCCACCUGCUUCUAACCUACACUCAAGUUUGGUGUAUGAUGUAGACCUUUGUGUGUGGUAAAGAGACCCAGAGCGCCUCUGUCUUCUCUGUGUGGGGAUAGAGUCUCCUCCGGGUGAGGGUGGCAGAGCUCCCAUCUUUUCCUAGUCUGACAAAACAGGAUGAGCCAGAGAGACUCAGUCCAUUCACAUUUCCCAUGUGAGCUGGGGAAAUUUAAAGGGAAAAAGAGGAGCUCACUUAUCUGCCAGACUUCUAAGUCUUUCCUACACAUUUAGGAGAGCUUGUUGUCUGUGAAUGUUACAGUGGGCCUCAGACUCUCUUCUGAGAACACCAGGAUACAUGAUUAAUGAGUUGACUUCAAAAAUACUGCUGUUUUUCCUUAGUCCCCUUAAAUUUCAAUACCCAUAGAAAUUCCUAAAAGGCCAUCUUCUCAUUGAUUUACUUAUACAGGGCCUCUGAAAUCUGGUGUCUGCCUGUUUUCCCAGCUCUGCAGCUAUAGGUUCUCUUCACACAGCCAUGGCUGGUUGUUCUGGGUUUACAAUUCCUGUGGCUUUUGGACUGUUUUUCUUAUAGUGCCAUCCCUUUGUGCAGUCUCUGCUGCUCUUGGAAUACCUUUCUUUUCUUGAUCUGUGCCACAAGCUCCUGACCGGUUCCCAAGACUUGUCUCAAGACUGAAGCACUUCUCUCAGGGUCAUUUCUAUUUGUUCAAUAUUUUGUUCCUUUGCGCAUCAAAUAUUUGUUGAGCUCCAUCCCUGCGCCAUAUCCUUCUAGGCACACACCAGUGAAUAAUGGAUUCUUAAACUCCUGAAACUUUCAUAAUGUUAGUGGGAAAGAAACACACAGUAAUGAGCUCAUGAUGGUGUCGUAUGUCACCAAAUGAGCCCACUUACAUGUAACUCAAUACCAGGAAGAAUCAUCUAUGCUGUGUGAAGGAAGUCAGAAUAGAGGUAACCCUGGGAGUGGGGGUCCAAAGGGACCAGGAGAACAUGAAGAGAUUUCUAGGGUGCUGGCAAUAGUCCACUCAUUGGUGUGGGUGCCGGUUAUAUGGUCGUAUGGCUUGCUGAUGGUGUAAUCUAAGUAGUAAGCAUGCAGUGGGUGAGUAAGAUAAGACGCAGGCACAGAGCUUAGAAGAGAGGAGCUUAGAAGGCUAGAGUGGAUGGAGCAGAUGGGAUAGGCACUGACCCCAAGAAUUGAGACAUGGAAGGCUUGCAAGAGUAGCAGCUAAGCCCAAGAACCAUGAGGAAUGAGGAGAGCAACAGAAGGGUUGUAACAUAAGCUAGACGUUUGCAGAGAGACAGGAAGGGGAGCAGUCCAGUCUGCAAUCUUUCCUUGUCUGAGAUCAUUUCCCGCACAGCAUCCUGGAAUGUGAUGUGAAUGGCUGACCUAUGACACCAACUUCCUCACCAUCUGUCCCAGCCCCACACACCUAGCAGUCAAGGGGCGGGGGGCUACCCUGAGUCUCAGGGCCUAUGACACUGGUUUCUCCUUUUAUCUGAGUGUUAACAGGAAAUAGUUUUUUUAACCUUCCUGUUUCCUUUUAUUUUUCUCCAAUUGCUCUCCAAAAAUAUUUGUUGAGUAAAUGAAUGAAUGAAUUAGUAAAUCAAAAUUUUAUCUUACAAGUGGACAGCAGUUAAGAAAAUACUCUUAAGAGUAUUUUUAGAGCCCGCUUAGAGAGCUACCAUUCUCAGAUGAAACAAAGGAUUCUUUGCUCACACUUUUACCUUCUCGUGUGGCUUUAAGAAGGCAUUGCUGCCGACCUGCUUCUAAUACAAAACUAACUAACAUCUAUGUUUUCUUUCUUUCUCUCCCCUCCCCUUUUCAGAGAAAAGGUUCAAUGACUAUAACUACUAUUAAAAGAUUUGAAUGGGGGCUGAAAGAUGGCUCAGCAGUUAAGAGCACUGACAGCUCUUCUAGAGGUCCUGAGUUUUGUUCCCAGCAACCACUUGGUGACUCAGAAUCAUCUGUAAUGGGAUCUGAUGAGCUCUUCCAGUGUGUCUGAAGACAGCUACAUUGUACUAAUAUACAUAAAGUAAAUAAAUAAUUCUUUAAAAAAAAA